AACAGCUUUGAGUUGGGUUAAGAUCUCUCGUUGCACAACUGAAAAUGAUUGCGGUUUCGGCCCUACUUCUGCUUGGAGUUUUUGUGCUCCAGGCUUCUGCGUGCACCUACUUCUGCCCCCAGGUCCUGGUACUGCGGGGGUAUGUCAAUGACAAGGGCGAAUUUGUGGAGGACAAGUCUUUUACUUACUGCCCAGAUAAAAUGGAUUUCAUCAUCAAGGGGUAUGUGGAGGGUUCCAGUAUCGUCAGUGAGGAACCCCAAAAGCGGGGAUCAGUGAAAACUGUGGAAUACACCGUGAGAGUGGACCAGGUGUUUAAGGCUCCGGCGUCCGUCACUGUGGGGUCCACCGUGAUUUUCCCUGAGAAAUACAGGGAAGAUCCUCUGUUGCCUUCCUGUGGGGAAGUUAAGCUCACGAAGGACGCUACAUACCUGCUUAGAGGCGUUAAGACACAAAGUGGCUUCAAGUUGGCCAACAUGUGUGACUUUGGCAAGGAAUGGAAAUACGUCCCAGAACUUGAGAAAAAGUACCUCACGACUGAAGGAUGCAAAUAAGCUCGAAACACACCUUGUUCACCCUGAGUAUCAGCAUAAUUUACAUGAGAGACCAGCGUCUAUUGGUUGAUAUGGCGGAAAAUCGAUGUCAGUUUACUGGUACCAAGGGCGACGACAGGCGUAUGCUCACAUUGAGAAAAACAAAAAUUACUGUGUUUUUUAUCCAAUUUUG